AUGAACGUCGAAAACCCAACCACGUCGACGUUCUUUAAACCUAGGGUUGCUCUGCAGGCCGAAUUGAGGUGGCGAAUUUUUUCCCGCCUGUGCUGGAUAACGGUGUCGGCGACCGGGUUUGUGGAGGGCCAGCGCCGGGAGAAGGCCGUAGAGGCAAGUGCGGACCGGCUUCCUGCUGCACGACGGGCAAGAGGGUCGCUUGGCCUUGCCAGCUUGGGUCACCAUUUGAGAGUUCGAGGUUUGGAAUUGGAGUCAUGGAUUCUGAUAGGGCUGGAGCUGUGGAUUCAGACCCAAUUAGAAUCCAGUUCGGGUCUAAGGCCCAGAGGCAAUCAGGCUUUGAAGUUUUGUCGGAGCUUUUUGGAUAAUAUGAUUGCACAAAUAGCUUUCGGAUUAUUGGCAGGUUUUAUUGGAUAUGCUUAUGUAGCGAUAAAGCCUCCGUGUAGCAGAAUAUGCGGCUCGAAAGGGGGCCCGCAAGUGACCUCAGCGAGAGUAAGACUCGAUGACGGGAGGCAUUUGGCGUACAAGGAAAGGGGUGUGGCAAAGGAAAUAGCCAAACACAAGAUUAUUAUUGCUCAUGCCUAUGCCGACUCUAAAGACUUCAACUUUCAGAUUUCUCAAGAAGUCCUUAAGGAGCUGCACAUAUGCAUCCUAACAUUUGAUCGUGCAGGCUAUGGAGAAAGCGAUCCAAAUCCCGGACGUUCAGUGAAAAGUGAAGCGUUUGAUAUUCAAGAAUUAGCAGAUAAGCUGCAAAUUGGCCCGAAAUUUUACGUGAUGGGCCUCUCUAUCGGUGCAUAUGCAGUUUACGGUUGCCUAAAGUACAUCCCACAUAGGUUAUCAGGGGCUACCCUUGUGGUCCCCUUAACCAACUUCUGGUGGCCUUGCUUUCCAGCCAAGCUAUCAAGAGAUGCCUUAAAUGGGCUUCUCUUUCAGCAACUUUGGACUUAUCGGGUGGCCCAUUAUGCCCCGUGGUGGAUGAACCAAAGCUGGCUUCCGUCCCUAAAUAGCCUCGUGGGAAAGCCCGACCCAUUCAGUCGUUCGGACUUAGAGAUCCUCGAGCAAUUGGCCGGUAAAGCUCCAACUCCAGGUCAGGGGAUGGAGACACAGCAAGGCCUGCACGAGUCUUUGCAUCGGGACUUAAUGGUGGCGUUUGGGAAAUGGGAUUUUGAUCCGACGGAUAUUAGCAAUCCUUUUCCGGAGGGCGAAGGAGAUGUUAACAUGUGGGUAGGACAUGAAGAUAAGGUGUUUCCUUUAGAGCUCGCUCGGUAUUUGUCCGGGAAGAUACCAUGGAUUAGGUAUCACGAGGUUGCUGAUGCUGGCCACCUGUUGAUUUAUGACGAAACCAAUUGCGAAGCCAUUUUUAGGGCACUCGUGUGGACGUCUUUGGGUAUGUGAUUGGGAGAAAAUGUGAAGAACAAUAGAUUUCUACCUGCAGCAUUUGAGUUAUAUGACUGGGCAUGUCAAAAAAACUCGCAGGGUCGGGUUUCCCGCAUUUUCGGGUCGGGUAAACCCGGAAUGGGUCGGUUUCGAGU